AUGCUUGGGUGGGAUAUACAUCGGUACAGUUUUUAGCGUGCCCUUGGAGAGAUCUUAGGAGAUCUCCUUCUGCUUGCCAACUCAAAUUGGAAAUCUAGCUUUAUUUUAAAGUUGCUAUUUUAAUUUUAGACAUAUGAAAAAAAAAGCUGGCGAGCCAAGAGAAAGCUGUCACAGCUACUAAACAUCUAGUUUUUGCUAUAAGCCUUGCUAAAGUAUGUAAAGAAAUGCUAUUUCAACGCACAGGAAUUAAGUACCUCUAUAAGCAAAAUAUGUGAAAUCCCCUUCAAUCCUUUUGGAAAGGCGAUAGAAGAUAUGAUUGAAUCAAACGAACUUUCAUUUUUUAGACAUAGCUCUCAAAAUUUUACAACAAUAAACUUAGACAGCUUUGAAGUGACUUCUAUGCUAGACUGGAUUUUUUUCAUCUUUUUUCUCAUAAAUAUUUUGUAGAAUAGAAUUUGGAAAAGGAAAAUACUAAAAUCUGGCAUGAGGAAUGUGGCAAUCAAAUUUUCGAGCCUCUAUACAAUUGCACUUCAAACUCAAGAACCAAUCCAUGGAUAUACCUCAAGCUGCAUGCUGCCUGAUAAGUCCUAUUUUUAUUUCGGCAAUGUAAAUUACAAUUCAGGACUAACAUUUAUUAUUGAUAGAAAUAAAAAUGUUAGACAAUUACAAAAAUCAAAACCAAGUGGUUAUAUUGAUCCUAUUUUUUAUAAUAACUUUAUGUACUUGAUAGGGGGACAGAAUAAUAUAGCUGAAAGAUAUAACAUUGCUCAAAAUUCAUGGGAAAGUAUAGCUCCAGUACCUCAAGGUUUUAAUUACACUUAUAGCUGCAAUGCUUUAUUGAAAGAUUCAAUCCUUAUAACUGGAUAUCAUUUCAAUAAAACGAUGUGCUACAGCAUAAGUCAAAACAAUUAUAAAGAUGUACCCAGUUUAGUGCUAAAUGUGAAUUAUUAUAAAUUUAUGAUGAGAGGAAACAACAGGAUUUAUUUAGUCGAGAAAGGAUUAAGGAUUAUAGAAAGCGCUGAAAAUGAUUAUUCAAGCUGGACUCAGGUAGGUGGCUGUAGCAUUUCAAAUAGCCCUUGACUUCAAUCAAGCAUUGUUCGAUAUAAAGGCUCUCUUUACUUCAUUCAUUAUAACAACCAACUAUGGAAAUUCGAUCUGGCUUCAAAACAAAUUUCUCAAGUAAAAAGCGUCUAG